AAAAGCGCCCUCGGUGCGCACGUGGGCAGCGGCGCGCCGGGUCUACACAUGGCGAGUUCGGCGGGGCUGUCGCUGUGCGGGCAGGCGCUGGUGGUGCGGGGCGGUAGCCGGUUCCUGGCCACCACUAUUGCAAAUAGCAAUGAUGACAGCAUCUUCAUAUAUGAUUGCAGUACUGCUGAGAAGAAGCCACAGGAAAAUAAAGGGGAGGACGGGCAGCCCGUGGAGAAGGGGAGCGACACGAUUCUGGCUUCCACCUUCUCUGAGUCUGGCAGCUAUUUUGCUUUGACCGAUGACAGUAAGCGUCUGAUUCUUUUCCGUACAAAACCAUGGCAAUGUCUGAGUGUCAGGACCAUGGUGAGGCGAUGCACUGCCCUGACAUUCACAGCCUCCGAGGAGAAGGUUCUCGUGGCGGACAAGUCUGGGGAUGUCUAUUCCUUCUCUGUGUUGGAGCCUCAGGGACGUGGAAAGCUCGAGCUGGGACACCUGUCUAUGCUGUUGGACGUGGCAGUGAGUCCUGAUGGCCGCUACGUGCUCACUGCAGACCGUGACGAGAAGAUUCGCGUGAGCUGGUUGGCAGCGCCCCACAGCAUUGAGUCCUUCUGCCUCGGACACACCGAGUUUGUGAGCCGGAUAUUCGUGGUGCCCGACCAUCCAGAGCUGCUGCUGUCCACCUCUGGGGAUGGUACCCUGCGGCUCUGGGAGUACCGGAGCGGGCGGGAGCUGCAUCGCUGUCUGGUGACCAGCCUGCAGGAGCCGGGCGCGCCCCAGAGAGAGAAGAGGUUCACAGCGUCCCGGAUCGCAUACUGCCGCCAGGAUAGUUGUGUGGCCCUGCAGUGUGAUGGGAUCCCUGUGGUCUACAUCUUCCAGCUGGAUGCCCUCCGGCAGCUGCUGGUUUACAAGCAGCAGCUGUCCUUCCAGCACCGGGUGUGGGACGUCGCCUUUGAGGAGACACCGGGGCUGUGGGUCCUGCAGGACUCCCGGGAAGCUCCUGUGGUGCUUUGCCAGCCGGUGCAGGGGCAGUGGCAGCCUGUUUCUGAAAAUGACGUGCUAAACAAAGUCUCCAGUCAUCUUCACGGGAAUUGGGCCAUGUUAGAAGGCUCCACUGGUGUGGGGGACAGCUUCAGCGGUCUGUACAAGGCCACCUUUGACAACAUGACGACUUACCUGAAGAAGAAGGAGGAGAGACUGCAGCAGCAGCUGGAGAAGAGGCAGCGACGGAAGAGCCCGCAGCCUGGGCCCAACGGACACACCAAGAAGCUGAAGUUGGGCGAAGCGUCCUCGGGCUGCUGAUCUCAGUGCCCGGCAGUGAGCUCACUGCCUGGAAGGAGCGAGCCAUUUCCAUGUGCCCCUCUCUCCCUGGCAUUUCCUGGAAGAAGAACAAGGUGGACGUGGUUCCUGACUGCCAUGCUCGGCGGCAGUGAGGUCCUGUCCAGGUCAGCUGGACACCCAGGGCCAGCUGGAGGCUGGACCUGCCCUCAGCUCUGAAGGAUGCCCUGUCGCCAAGCCUCCUGUCUGGGUCUCAUGCCGCCUUCUGGUUGAAGAGUAGCCAUGCAAAACUGUGUUUGCACAGCUAAAGAUGCUACAGGCUAUGUGAUGGGAUCGCCUUCAGCAUUUUAUCUGGUCCUUCACAUUGGAGGAAACCUGUGGACCUGUGUUUGUAGGAGUCUUUGAUUUUUCUACCACCCACAUAGUGAGUGUGUGCUAUACCUAUGAGCAAAAUUUUUAUGGCAGCAUGAUUCCUGUUUUAAUACCUCUCAUCCUAAAUGGUAGUACGUUGGUCAGUAGGGUAGCCACUGGCUACGCGUGGCUGUUGAAAUUUAAAUCACAUUACAAGUUCAGCCCUUCUUCACACUGGCCAUGUAUCAAGUGCUCAGUAGCCACGUGUCGCUGGUGGCUGCUGUUUUGGGUGCGCAGAUAGAGAACGUUCCCAACCUUUCAGAGUUCUGUUGGGCAGCAGUGGUACAGAAAAUGGACUCAUCUCAAGACGCAUAGGUGUGUAAGCCCUGGGGGGAACCGAAUCCUAAAGGGGAAUUGUUAGUAACUUCAUGCGUGUUUUUUUUUUAUGCGUAUUAUUUUGAUUUAAGCUUUUGUUGUGCACUCACUGCAAAGCAACAGGGCUGUCAGCUGAACUCUUAAUUACCGACCAAUAAAGAUGAGCUUUUGGCAGCUUUCUGGAACCCUUUAGCAGCAACACGCAGAGCUGAUUUCAAAAUGUAUUGAGCAACACCAUUUUGAUGAGUGUACUGUUUGUGACUGAGAGGUUCGCUUCAUAAUCUGAAAAAAAAUUUUUUUUUGAUGCUUUGGCUGUGGACAUGUCAGCUGAUAUGUCCAGCUGAGCUCAGGCAUGGGGACACGCAGCCCUGCGGUUCUGCAUGACCUUGGGGUGGGGUUUCUUGGGUACUUAGAAACCAAAUCAUUUUGAAUAUCAAAGCUGGGGUGCUUCAUGUUUUCCUAAGUGCCUGUUUUUUCUUUACAAAUUGGUCUGAUCUGAACAUGAUGCUGUUUGUCCAGUGCUUUGGACCACCCCCACAGGGAAGAACUGAAGCUGCCAGAGGCUGUGGUUGGGUAGGAUCAGUUCAGGGCAGCGGAGUGGGCCCCGGCCAGGGCCGUGGGAGGACCCUGACCUUGCUGGCACUGGGGAAGUGUCUGCUACGGGGAGUGUGUUCGUUAAUAACCCACUUUGGAAUUCUUGGGCUUAGGUAGAAAUUCAGGUUUGGGCUCAUCUAUGUUCAGGGCUUGGCAGAUACAGCCUGGAGGCCAAGUCCAGCCCACCACCUGGUAAUGUACAAACUCCAAGGUAGGAAUGGUUUCUGCAUUUUAAAGAAGUAAAAAAAGAGCAAAAGAAUAGUAAUGUUUUGUGAUGUAUAAAAAUCAGAGGAAAUUCAAAUUUCAGUGUUCCUAAAUAAAGCUUGGGAGCACCAUUCAUUUACAUACAGUCUAGCAGGUUUUGUGCUAUGACAGAGACCGCCUGGCUGCAAAGCUUAGCUGAGUUCCUGUCUAGCCCUUAGAGAAGUCUGUCGACCCUUACCUCAUGUCCCUCUUACCUUUGUGUAAUUAUUAUUAUUAUUAAUUUACUUAUUUUGUUAUUGAGAAUAUACACAGCACAGCAAAACCUACGCCGGUGCUGCAGUUUCUCCGUGCACAGUUCGGCAGCAUCGAUUAUGUUCUCUGAGUCGUGCGUCCAUUCUCCCCCUCCUUUUGCAGAUGUUCCUUCCCCUUAACAUCUCACUGCUGCCUAAGGUUGCUGUCUGCUCUCUCAAGUUGCUGUUGUCAAUUUGGUCCUAUACACACAUAUCUUAAUAGAGCAUAAUGCUCAAGGCAGGCAUUCUUUACAAGUCAAGCUAAACUGUCAUUUGGUUUUUAGAAGACUUCAGGGGAUAUUUUUGGCUUGAGGUUUAAAGAUUAUCUCAGGACAAUAGCUUUGAGGGUUCAUCCAGCCUCCAUGGUUCCAGAAAAUCUGGAUUCCAUAAAAAUUUUAAAUUCUGUUCUGCAUUUUCAUACCUUCAUCAGGAUUCUUCUAUAUAAUCUUUGAUCAAAAUAUCCAGUAAUGAUAGCUGGGCACCCUUCAGUUCUUCUGAUGUCAUGGCAAAGAGGCAGUUGUUCAGGGAGGCAGUUAGCCACACAUUCCAUGUCCUCUUCCUAUUCCUGAGGCUGGUGCUUGCUCUGUUGCUCCAGGCAGAUAGAGACCAGUUGUGCCUUGAAUAGCCAUUUACAAGCUUUUAAGACCCCAGGCACUACACAAUGAACCAAGAGAUAGAACAGAAGCACUAAACAUGUUAUUAGGCCAAUUUACUGGGAUGUCCGAUGAAACCAUGACCCUAAACCUCCAAACCAAGGAAUCAGAUCCCAUGAGGUGUUUGGUUGUACUUAGGCAGCCUCAGCAGCUACCUGUUUUUUUUUUUUUUUUUUUGGAGGGGGGUCGUAAAUACAUCUACCAAACAACUUUGGCCAGUUCAACUUUGAGGAGCACAGUUCAAUCCAUCGCAGUCCCUUAGAUAAUCUCAGUUGAGUGUGCAGUCUGAUUUUUGCUAGGACCCUGAUUGAUAGCCUAGUCUGUAUGCACAUGCCCCAGUUAUUCCAGAACAUUCUUUUACAGUCAAGGCCCACGCGUUGUAUUUGGUUUUAUAUCUCUUGACUCUUCACCUAGAACAACAUCAUCACGUACUUCUUGUCCUCCAUGACUUUAGCUUGUUGACAAGACUGAGUCAUUUGUUCUGUAAAAUGUUAACUGUGCCUUCUGGUUCAUAAAUCAGCCUCCUGAGGAGUCAGCUUCAUCUAUUGCCCUCUUAUUCUGGGAGUCCCAAGAUUUGGCUUAUAAACAUCCCUUUCAUUAUUCUAAUCUCCUACCCACCCUUCUUUCUGGUUUCUAUAGGUUUUGCUUUUUGGGAGAGUCCUUGGAUUUUGUUCCAGUUCUUUUAUUGAUUUUAAAAAGAAAUUUGGUCAUCACAUUGCUUCAUUCUAAGAACUUUCUUGUUUUUUGCUCAUUUUGAUUGAAGUAUAGUAUACAACUGAAAAGUGCACAUAAAGUGCACACACUGAGUUUUUCACAAAUAGAACAUGCGUGUAGCAGUGCCCUUAAGAAAUGGACCAUUUACCAACACCUGCAAAGCCCCCCUUCUGCUCCCUUGCAGUAGGCGCCUCCCCGCUUAAGGGCAACCCCAGCUUGACUUAAUAACAUAUGGUAGGUUGGCCUUUUGUUGUCUCUGGCUUUAUUUACUUGAUGUAUUUUUGAGAUUCAUCCAUGUUGUUGCAUGUAGUUAUGUAUUGUUCCUUCUCAUUGCCCUGUAGCAUUCCCUUGUGUGAAAAUGCCCCAAUUUAUCUGUUUUUACUGUUGAUGGGUGUUGGGUAAUGUCUUAGUCUUCCAGUGCUGCUUUAAUAAAAAAUAUGACAAGUGGGUGGCUUUAAAGAACAGAAUAUUACUUUUUCACAGUCUCGGAGGCUGAAAGUCUAAAUCAGGGUCCCAUCUGAGACACAGCGGAGACUCUGUGGGCGUCUUCCCUAGUUUCUUGUGUCUUCUAGAAGUCUUUGGCAUUCCUUUGCUUGGAGACUGUCUUAGUCAUGUAAUGCUGCUAUAACAGAAAUACCACAAGUGGAUGGCUUUAACAAAGAGAAAUUUAUUCUCUCACAGUCUAGUAGUUUAGAAGUCUGAAUUCAGGGCACCGGCUCCAGGGGAAGGCUUUUGCUCUUUGUUGGCUCUGGAGGAAGGUCUUUGUCAUCAGUCUUCACUUGGUCAAGGAACUUCUUAACACAGGGACCCCGAAUCCAAGGGAUGUGUCCUCCUGGCCCUUCUUGCUUGGUGGUAAUGAGGUCCCCCUAUUUCUGCUUCUGUCAUUUAUAUCUCAAAGAGAUUGACUUAAGACACAACCUAAUCUUAUAAAUUUGAGUCCUUUAUCAUUAACAUAACUGCUUCUAAUCCUACCUCAUUAACAUCAUAGAGGUAGAAUUUUCAACACGUAGGAAAAUCACAUCAGAUGACAAAAUGGUGGACAGUCACACAAUACUGGGAAUCAUGGCCUAGCCAAGAUGCCACAUAUUUUGGGGGGCGGGGGGAACACAAUUCCUUCUGUAACAGAAACAAUCUUUGCUUAAUGCCUGCCUUCCCGUUUGUUCCUGUCUAUUCUGCUCUUUUUGUAAGACAUCUCACAGAAGUGAUUGGGUUUAAGACUCACCCUUGUCUGGUAGGAUCUCAUUAACAUAUCAGAAGAAAACCCUCUUUCCAAAUAGGGUCAUAUUUAAAGGUACGUUUUUUUUUUUUUAGGUUAGGACUUAAAUGUAACUUUUUGGUGGACACAAUUUAAUCCUUAACAGGCAGUUGCUGAUUUUUAUGUUAGGAACAGUCCUGCGAUAAACGUUCUGGUAUGUGUUUUUUGGUGAACAUUUCUGUUGGGACUGGAAUUACUGGCUCCUUGUUAACGCUUGUGUUUUGCUGUAGAUGGCAACAGUUUUUCAAAGUGGUUGUACCAAUGUAAACUCAGCGGUGCCCGAGAGUUACUGUUGCACCAUACAGUCAACUGGCACUUUCUUUUUCACCUUAGCUAUUUUGGCAGAUGUGUGAUGACAUUACCUUGUAGUUUUAGUUUGUAUUUCCUUGAUUAAUGAAGUUGGGUUACUGGAUGUUUGUAUUGUUGGACAUGAGCACACUUGGAUGUGGUCAUCACACUACUUUCUGUGAAAUGUCUGCUCUAGUCCUUUGCCCAUUUUUCUAUUGUUGUUGUUGUUAGGUGCUGUUGGUUCUGACCCAUAAUGAUCCUAUAGGACAGAGUAGAACUGUCAAAGAGGGUUUCAAAGGAGUGGCUAGUAGAUUUGAACUGCUGACAUUUUGGUUAGCAGCUAAACUCUUAACCACUGUGCCACCAGGGCUCCCAUUUUUCUAUAGGGUUGUCUUUUUCUUACUUCUUUAUGAAUUCUCUAAAAAUGGUAAUAAAGUCCUUCACCAAGUUUUAAAAAUAAACCCUGUAUUUGUAUGGCUACAGUAUUUUGUCAUUUUUAUAGAAACACUAGCAUUUAUGUGAAGAAGAAUAUUGCUUUAAAAUACCGUUUUUUACCUUUAUUUUCUCCUGAGCCACAUUUCUAAGAGGUGGUGGUGGUGGUUUUUUCUCUGUUUUGACACAGAGUUAACUCUCUUUUCAUCUUCCCCUGAAGUUUCCACUCCCACGCUGUAGGCGGAGUGCCUCUGACACAGUCUCACAAAUGCCUUACUGGUUUCUGUCUCAGGGGUAGGGACUCCGUUCUUGCAUGUCAGCCGCUCCAGAUUCAGUGUUCUCCCGAUAAGUCCACAAAGUCUCCCCUGGCCAGAAACCAUGGACUUUAAAGGUGUCUUCAGUUUCUUUCCAGUGGAUAGCACUAGCAACUCGUGGUCCUCGUGGGGGCCAUUUUUAAAAGAAUUUUUUUUUCCUUCAGAUUUUAAUACCUCAAAGUGGUAUGCUGCUAUAACAAAAACCUAAAAUUGGGCAUGGCUCUGAAACCAGUACAAGCUGGAAGGACUUUGAGGAGAGUGAGUUGGCCCCUAACUAUAGCGAUCCCAUCCCCGAUGGAACAAAAUGCUGCCUGAUCCCACGCCAUCCCCAUGGUCGGUUGCGGAUCGGACUGCUGUGAUCCAUAGCAUUUUCAUUGGCUGAUUCUUGGAAGAAGAUUGCCAGGCCUUUUCUCCUAGUCUUUGUCUGGAAGCUCCACUAAAACCUGUUCAACAUCACAGCCACAUGCGAGCCUCCACUGACAGAUGGGUGGUGGCUGCACAUGAGGUGGACUGGCUGGGAAUUGAACCCAGGUCUCCCGCAGGGGAGGUGAGAAUUCUACCACUGGACCACUAGUGUCCUCUGAGGAGAGUUUUAGUGAACAUCUAGAGUGCUUUGAAGGGUCUUGGGAGAAGCCUGGUGGCCUCCGGAGGCUGCAGGUGAGGGCUCACUGGAAAAUGAGGAGAAUGAUUUUGGAAACUUGAGGACAGGGGACCCUUGUUAUGCAGUGACAGAAUGUGUAGCAGCCUUGUCACCUGCAGUAACAUGGGAAGUAAAAAGUACUAAAUUAACUGGGUGGUCUAACUAUAGGGACCUCCCAGGCAAGUGUUGAAGGUCCUAGGUGAUUUCUAAGGAGCCCUGGCAGUGCAGUGGUUAAGCACAUGGCUGCUGAUCAGGUCGGUGGUUCAGACCCACCAACUGCUCCGUGGGAGAAAGCCCUGGCGACCUGCUAUGGGGCAAUUCUGCUGUGUCCUACAGAGUUGCUGGGAGUCAGAAUAGACCACAAUGGCACACAGCACCACCAUCAUCUGACUUCUUACUGCUGCUGAGAGUAAAAUGUAUUAGGAGAGAGAGAGAAGGUCAAGGAAGGUCUGUUCCAUAAGGGAGCCAGGACUGGAUGGCAAACAGUGCCAACAAUGAGAAGAGGCUUCCGAGCACCUUAGACAGUGCUUUCAUAAAUCUUUUUAUACAUAAGCAUUUAAUGCUAUACAAUUUUCUCAAAACGUGAGUUCACCUUUCUUCUUUUUCUGACAUAAGCAUAUAAUGCUGUAAAGCUCUCCUGCAAUGCUGUUCACCUGUGUCCACUAUGUGUUGACACCCCUCUUUCUGACUUCCCUUGUGGUCUCCUCUUUGGAAGUGUGGUUAAUUCCCAAACGCUUGGGUUUUCUCUAGAUUUUCAUUGUUCCUGUUACGUGAUUUCUAGUUUAAUUCCAUUGCAGUCACAGAAUACGCUUUGAUUUCAUUCGUUUUAAAUUUAUUGAACCUGUUCCAUGGUCCACUGCAGUGUUCCAUGUGCACUUGAGAAGAAUGUGCACCCUGUGGCUGUCGGGUCAAGUGUUCUAUAAACACCAGUUAGGCCAAGUUGAUGGUAGUGUUGUUUACUAUCAGCUUGAAGUUGCUAAUACAGUAAAACCUGCAAAAGCCAGAAACUGUGUAAGGCAGAAACCUGUCAGCGAAGGAAAACUCAAAUAUUUCCCCCUAAAAGGAGAGAUAGCAAAGUGAUAAGACUGUAUGCACCCCGUUGAAGCCAGAAGACCUGUGAGACCUGGAGAAACCAGGCAGCCCCGUCGAGUUCUGGCUCUCAAAGGUUUCACUGUAGUUUGUGUACUUCUGUCAGUUGCUGAAAAGAUCCCUGGGUGGUGCAAACGGUUUGCGCUUCACUACUAACCUAAAGGUUGGCGGUUUGAACCCACACGGUGGAACCAGGGAAGGCCUGGGGAUCUGUUUCCAUAAAGAUUGCAGUUCUUCUGUCGAACACGUGGGGUUGCCGUGAGUCAGAUCCAUUUCACAGCAGCAGGUUCAGCAUUUUUUUGGUUUAACAAUUACUGAGGGAGCAGUAUUUAAAACAUAACUAAAAUAGUGAAUUUGUCUAGUUUUUCAUUCUGUUUUAGAAAAUUUUGCUUUGUGUAUUUUAAAACUCUGAUAUUAAGUGCGUACACACUAGGGUUAUUAUGUCUUUUUGACAAACGACCCAUUGAUUAUUAUGAAGUGCCCCUCCUUGUCCCUACUUGUAGUCUGUUCUGAAGUCUGAGUUGUCUGUUAUUAAUAUAGCCACACCCACUUCCUUUUGAUUAGUGUUAGUGUGGAAUAUCUUUUUCAUCCCCUUAUUUUUAACCUAUGUGUUCAUAUUUAAAAUGGAUUUCUUGAAGACAGCAUGUUUUGUCUUUUUAUCCCAUAAAGAUUAGAUUUCGAUAGAAAUAUUACGAGUCACAUAUAUAAUUAACAAAAAAAUUUUUAGUAGUCACUUUAAAGCUUAAGAAAAGCAGUGAAAUUAAUUCUGGUAAUAUUUCAUUUAACUCAAUAUGUAAAAAAUAUUAUCGUAACGUAAUCUUUAUAAAAGUUAAUGAGAUAUUUAACAUUUUGUUUUUUAUCCUCAUCGUUAGAAGUCUGUUUUGUAUUUUACACCACUUUUCAAACCGGGCAGCCACAUUCAAGUGCUCAGUAGCCAGGCGGUGAGUGGUAGUUGUACUGGGCGCGUGGGUUUAGGCUAUUUACAUACAAUGUAACCCUCAAUACGGUUGAGUUUAAGCCUGUCAUCUUGUAAUUUGUUUUCUCUUCGUUCCCCCCCCCCCUUUUUUUUUUUGGUUCCUUUCCCUCUUUCCUAGCUUUCUGUGGGAUGAAUUUGAAUAGUUUUUUUUUUUUUUGUACUUUAGAUGAACAUUUACAGAACAAACUAGUUUCUCAUCAAACAUUUAGUACCCACAUUGUUUUAUGACCUUGAUUAACAACCCCACGACAUGUCAGCACUCUCCCUUCUCAACCCUGGGUUCCCUAUUACCAGCUUUCCUGUUCCCUUCAGUCUUCCAGUCCCUGUCCCAGGGCUGGUACACUCCUUUAGUCUUGUUUUGUUCCCUGGGCCUGUUCAGCCUUUGGCUGAAGGGUGAACCUCAGGAGUGAUCUCAUUACAGAACUGAAAGGGUGAAUAGUUUCUAAUGUUCCAUUUUAUCCUACUCUUGGGCUAAUUAACUGUAUGUCUUUGUUUCAUUUUUUUAGUAUUUGCAGUAUACACCUUUAACUUACCACAGUCUGCCUUCAAAUGACGUUUUACUCCUUCGUGCGUAGUAUAAGAGCCUUACAGCGUAACACCUCUUCUGCUUUGGGCUAUUGUGUAGAAGAGACACUGCUAUACUUAGCAACACCUGUGUACAAGGCUGGUCCUGGGCUGCUGUCUGGGAACUUGGCUGUUAAGCAGUUCCUACACUGAUAGAAAACUUUCUCUAGCUGAUAAGAUGGCUCACUGUGCCUAAACCAUUUGUGCAAACAAUAUGGUUCAUACUGAAAAUCAGCUUUCCUUCUGGGAGUUUGGCAGAGGUGCCCGCGUAACCAGCCCCCAGUGAAAAGCUUGGGUAUCGAGUCUCUAAUGAGCUUCCCUGUAGACAAUACUUCACAUGUGUUGUCACAGCUGGUUACUGGGAAAUGAAGCUUGUCCUCUGUGGCUCCACUGAGGGAGGACUCUGGAAGCUUGUGCCUGGUUUUCCCAAGACUUCACCCCAUGUGCCUUUUCCCUUUGCUGAUUCUGCUGUGCCCCUUCACUGUAAUAAGUGUUAGCUGUGAGUAUAAUUAUAUGCUGAAUCCCGGGAGUCCUAGAGAACCCUAAACCUGGGUCUUAGGGACCCUGGAACAAUAGACCUACAUUUACUUGUACAUAUGUUUACAAGCAGCAAUACACAGUUAUUUUUUGCUUCAUACCUGUUUUCUUAGGUUGGUUUCUCUAGAGAAACAAAACCAGUGAAGCAUAUGUAUAUGUAUGUCUAUAUAUACAUAUAUGGGUGUGUUUUUUUUUUAUAUAUAUAAAUUUUUAUAUAUAUAAGAGCUGUGGUUGCUAACCAAAAGGUUGGCAGUUUGAAUCCACCAGCCACUCCUUGGCAACUCUAAGGGGUAGUUCUACUCUGUCCUGUAGGGUCACUAUGAGUCAGAAUCAACUUGAUAGGAAUCAGUUUAGAGGCUGGCAAAUCCCAUGUCUGUGGGUUAGGUGUCAGGCUGAAGGCUUCUCCUGACACACGUAGCUGCAGGGACUGACAAAUCCAAGAUUGGCAGGUCAGACAGCAGGUCGCUGGCUCAUAGGCUGCAGAAGCUGAUGAAUCCAAGAUCAGCAGGUAAGAUGGCAGGCUGCUGGCUCACAAGCUAUGGAGGCUGAUGAAUCCCAAGAUGGGCAGGCAGUACGACAGGCAGCUGGCUCAAGUCCUAAGAACGGGAGGUCAGAUGAUGAGCUGAAUGUAGAGCAAGCAAGUGAGCUUUACCGGGACGGCCAUAUAUAUGUUGGUUGCAGGCCACACCCGAGAGUAAACAACUUUUACAACUGAUUGGCUGAUCACAUCAGUUCACAUCAUAGAGGAUGACUACAUCAUUAUGUAACUGCCAAAUUACAUCAUUACAUAACUGCCAAACCACCGAGAAUCAUGGUCCAGUCAAGGUGACACACAACCCUAACCAUCACACCCAUGCUGUUCCACCCUGUAGACACCGGAUACGUGUGGUUAUUUAAAACACCUAAAACACAAAAUUAAAAAUUCAGUUUCUCAAACUAGCCACAUUUCAAGUGCUCAGUAGACAUAAAAGGCUAGGGAAGGGCUGCCAUGUUUGGCAAGGCAGAAAUUGAAUAUUUUCAUCAUUGCAGAAAGUUUAUUAGACAGUAAUGUUUUUGUCAUUUCUAAGGAGUCUGAAAGUGAGAAAAAAGUGGACAUUUUCCCACACUUAUCAUUUCCAGUGUUCAUACUUUUGUGUAGAACUUCUUGAAAAGCUUCUCGUAGGGCAGCUAGUGAAGAGUUUUCUCAGUCUUUUUUAUUCCUGUUCUAAAAGAAUAGUUCAUCUUCAUUAAAAACAACAAAACACUUUUUUUUUUCUGAGGUAAUUGUAGAUUCAGAUACAGUUGUAGGAGAUAAUGGAGAGGUCCCGUGUGCCUUCAUCCACUUUCCCCCAAGGGUAACAUCUUGGAUUACUAGUACAAUGCCACCACCAGGAUGUUGACCUGGCUACAAUCCAUUGCCCUUAUCUGGUUUUCACCAAUUGUACAUGCUCGCAUUUGUGUGUGUAUUUAAUUCUCUGCAAUCUUAUCACCUGUGUAGAUGUGUGUGACUACCUCCACAGUCAAGAUCAGCACAACCCAUCACAGAGAUCCCUCAUGAUACUUUCAUAGCCACAGGCACCUCCCUUUCUCCUCCCUCCACUCCACUCUAACCCCUGGCAACCACUAAUGUGUCUUCCAUAGCUAAUAUUUUGUCAUUUCAAGAAUGAUACAUAAAUGGAAUAAUACAGUACAUAACCAUUUGAGAUUGAACUUUUUAUUCAGUAGACUUCUGAAGAUCCAUCCAAGUUGUUAUGUGUAUCAAAUACUUUGUUUCUUUUUAGGGCAUAGUUGUAUUCCAUGGUGUGGUUGGGCCACACCUGUUUAAGCACAGCUUGUUUUCCUGGCUUCUGUGGUGUGUGUCUGUCAGCAGCACGCAAACAUAUAUUUUGGGCUAUUGUGCACAAAGCUGCUAUGAAAUUCAUGUACAAUUUUUUUUUUGUGAGCCUAAGUUUUCAUUACUCUAGGGUAGAUCCCCAAGUGUGCAAUUGAUGAGUUGUUUAGUAAACACAUGCUUAGUUUUGUAAGUGAAGUUGUCAACUUCAUCCUACUUAAUCAACAACAUCCGUGGAAGCUUCAGUAAAGAAAUAAACAACAUGUUGUAUUGGGGUAAUCUGUUGCAAAAGACCUCUUUAAAAUUUUAUAAAGCAAAAAGAUGUCACUUUUUUAUUUUUUUUUUGAUGACUAAGGUGUGCCUGAACCAGGCCAUGGUAUUUUCACCCGCCUCAUAUGCAUGCUAAAUUUGGACAGUGAAAAAAAACCAAGGAAGGCAGAACUGAUCUGUCUGAAUGGUGGUGUUGAUGAAGAAUAUUGAAUAUACUGUGGACUGCCGAAACAAUGAACAAAUCAGUCUUAGAAGAAAUAUAACCAAAAUGUUCCUUAGAAUUGAGGAUGGUGACACUUCGUCUUGCUUACUUGGGACGUGUGGUCAGGAAAGACCAAUUGCUAGAAAAGCAUGUCAUGCUUGGUGUAAUAGAGGGCCGGUGAGGGAAACCCUCAGUGAAAUGGAUUGACAAACUAGCCACGGCAGCGGGCUCAAACAUACCAAUGGUCAUGAAGAUGGCGCAGGACUGGGCAACGUUUCAUUCUGUUAUACAUAAGGUCACCAGAAUUGGAGCUGCCUUUGUAGCAGCUCUCUUAAGUCAUCUAGUGCUGCUAUAACAGAAAUACCACAAGUGGAUGGCUUUAAUAAAGAGAAAUUUAUUCUCUCACAGUCCAGUAGGCUAGAAGUCCGAAUUCAGGGCGCCAGCUCCAGGGGAAAGCUUUGUGUCUCUGUUGGCUCUGGAGGAAGGUCCUUGUCAUCAAUCUUCCCUUGGUCUGGGAGCGUCUCAGCGCAGGAACCUUAGGUCCAAAGGACACGCUCUGCUUCUGGCGCUGCUUUCUUGGUGGUAUGAAGUCACCAUGUCUCUGCUUGCUUCUCCCUUUUAUGUCUUAGAAUGGCUUAAGACGCUACCUAAUUUUGUAGACCUCAUCAAUAUAACUGCCACUAAUCCAUCUUAUUACAUCAUAGUGAUAGGAUUUACAACAUACAGGAAAAUCACAUAAAAUGAUGGACAAUUAUGUAAUCAUACGAGGAAAUCAUGACCUAGCCAAGCUGACAUAUUUUUGGGGGACACAACUCAAUCCAUGACAGCAACUAACAAGAAAAAUUUGUAUGAAACUACAAUAUACUUUUCCAGAGUGGCUGCACCAUUUUAUAUUUCCCCCAACAGUAUAUGAAAAACCCGGUUUCUCCACAUUUUUGCCACAUUUGGCGUCAAUAUUUUUUUGUUAGCCAUUUUGAUAGGUUUGUGGUGAUCUCUCAUUGUGGUUUUGAUUUGCAUUUCUCUUGUGGCUAAUGAUGUUGAGCAUCUUUUCAUGUGUGUUGGCCAUUUGAAUAUCCUCUUUGGUGAAGUGCCUGUUUCUGGUAAAUUUUGAUUGAAUGCCUGAUGUCCGUUUUUCAUUGUUGAGUGCUAAGGUCCAGUGUAUUCCUUUAAAGGAUGUUUCACGCUUUCUGGCAGGCAGUUAAGCUACUUGUGGAAUGAUCUGAUCCUUUCAGGGUUUGUUUUUAAGCUCAGUUAGGCAGGUCUAGAGUAGCCUUUAGCCUAGUGAUAAUUUGGUCCCACGUCUGUGGUGUGGCCCUCCUGGUGUCUGUUGAAUGCCACCCUCUAUGUUCAAUGAAAUCUCUGUGAUCUGGCUGGAGGGAAGCAAGUGAUUCCUGGAAAUUGUCUUAAACUUUCGGGGAUUUGUUACUCUCUUCCGGCCUCGUGGGGUUUCACUCACAUGUGCAGGUUGGUAUUCAGCCAAACUCUCAGGUGUUGAGGUUGCUGCAUACAUUUCUCUUUAUGUCUGUAGUUCCCCCUUUCAGGCACUGUGUCCCCCAAAUUCUAGCUGCCUUGGCCUCUGUGAAUUUUAAUUUCUGUCUCAACUCAGGCUGUUGGACUGUGGGCUUCUUCCUGUGCCGUGGUCACAGGAUUGCUUCCAGACACAAACCCUAGUGGAUGGUAGGUCUCACCCCAAAUGUGCCCCUUUUCCUAGGGAUCUCAGACCUGUGCUGCCGGUUUCCCAGUUGGUCACAGUGGGGUGGUGGUGCUUCUGGACCAUCUUACUCCCUCAGGGUGAGAAAGAGAAGUUUUUAUUGGAGUUUUAAGGUGCACUUGCCCUAUGACAAGUGAACAGCAGUGUCCCUUCUUUGAGUUCUCCCUGGAUAUUCUUUGCCAGGGUGCCUACAGUGUUUUUCUGGGGAAGGUGGAGGUUUUGAAGGUGAUCUUCCUAGCCGUCCACCUAUAAUACGACUCGCAGUACAAAUAAUGUGAUUCUGAAUGUGCGGAAUGAGCAUGAAUUUUCAAGUUUGUCUUUUGAGUUUUUAAAGGUUGUUUUCUUUUUAUUAGCUUUUUUUUUUGUAGUCUAAUCUAUCAGUCUUGUUUUUGAUUUCUGGGUGUCCUGUGGUAUUCAGAAAGACUGUCUCCAUGCACCCUACCUUGGGAACCGUCUGUUGAGGAAGGGGAGAAGUGUGUUUUUUUUUUGUGGUAUUCAGAAAGACUGUCUCCAUGCACCCUACCUUGGGAACCGUCUGUUGAGGAAGGGGAGAAGUGUGGAACUGUAGACGGAACAAAAUCCUGAUGUGUGGGGAAGAGGGGUUGACGGGAAGUGACGGUGUGGCGGGGCUGUGACUUCCACUUCACAAGCCCUUUUUUUCCCCCCAAACUUCACUUGUUAUCUGUGAAAUGGAAACAAGGUGGUCUGCUCUAGGAUUCACGGUGGGAUUUGACAACUUCCGAAGCAGAAAAUUGCAAGCCCUACAUUUGGUGUUAUGUUUCUCUCGUUCCAACUCCAUGACAAAGAAAUGAACAAACUAAAAUAAUAAAGCUGUUGUCCUUGCUCCUCUGGCUCGUUCUUUGCUGGCUGUGUGUCAGGAGGAAGCCUUCUGGGGGGUAAGGUCAGGAUGGCUAGGAACACGUCUGUCCUUGGGCCCUCAAAUGACCACCGUGGGCCAGUGGGAACAGGACGGCGACAGACGAGAUAGAGUGUCUGUCAGCCUGAGUUCCAGGGAUUCGCCAUCACUGCAAUCAGUGUUCUUUGAGGUUGUGGCUCAUGCAAACCAUUAGAGAAAUCAAAUGGAGACGAAACAUCUGUUUUAGGCAGCCUGGCUGAGAGACUUCUCCUUUUGCCAAGUCUUCUAAUGAAAGACAAUUGAGGGGAUUUGAUGACUGUGGCAAGCUUAGUCUCUCCAUGCGUCACGCUUUUUGGCACAAGCGACCUGCUCCACAAAGCAAGCAAGAUGGACCCUGCCCUUGUCCUAGGACCACACAGUCAUUUGCCUCAAUUCUCCAGCUUUCUUAAUCUGACCUCAAGAGUAGAGAUAGUGAGAUCCCCCACGUGGUGGCCCUGUGCCGAGUCAGACUCACCAAAUCAAGGCUUUUGGCUAUAGAGCACUGUGUGGACGAGUCCCUGUACUUCUGCAGUUGAUUUCUGAGUGCGCACUUGCUUUGAACCUUAACAAAAUCAUGUAUUCCAAAUAUCCAUAAAGCCUCUACCACAGAUGAGGAAAGGAAAUGAGAGUCUCCACUCCCCAUUAGGUACUUGUUGAAAAGCUAAAACAAGAAUAUACCUAAACCAGAUAAAAACAGUCCAAAGAGAAAACUAUGUACCAAAAUCACUCAUGAGUAUAAAUACAAAGAUACUAAAUAUUAGCAGUCAGAAUCCAAUACCACAUUAAGAAAAUAACAUACAAUGAACAAAUGGAAUUUAUUCUAGGAAUGCAAAGUUUGAUCAAUAUUAGGAAAUCCGUUAGUGUCAUAUAUUAACAGAUCUAAGGAAAAAAUAUAAUUAUUUCCAUAGAGACCAGCUUUUUACAAAAUUCAAUAUCCAUUCAUGAUAAAAACACUCAAGGAAGUAGGAAUUGGGGGUACUUUGUUAACACGAUAAAAUCUAUACACAUAAGUCCUACAGCCAGUGUCUCUGUGAAGGAGGACUAGAGGCAUUUCCACUAAGGCCAGGACCAAGGCAAGGGUGCCCACUUAUGUCCGCUGUUGUUGGGUACUGCCGGGGAUUGAAUCGUGUCCCCCCAAAAAUAUGUGUCAACUUGGUUAGGCCAUGAUUCCCAGUAUUGUGUGGUUGUCCUCCAUUUUAUGAUUGUAAUUUUAUGUCAAGAGGAUUAGUUAGGGUGGGAUUGUAACCACCACCCUUACUCAGGUCACCUCCCUGAUCCAAUGUAAAGGGAGUUUCCCUGGGGUGUGAGCUGUACCACCUUUUCUCUGAAGAGAUAAAAGGAAAGGGAAGCUAGCAGAGAGUGGGGACCUCCUACCACCAAGAAAGCAGCACCAGGAAGAGAGCACGCCAUUUGGAUACAGGGUCCCUGUGCCUGAGAAGCUCUUCAACCAGGGGAAGAUUGAGAACAAGGACCUUCCUUCAGAGCUGGCACAGAGAAAAGGCCUUUUCCUGGAGCCGACGCUCUGAAUUUGGACUUGUAACCUACUAGGCUGUGAGAAAAUAAAUUUGUUAAAGCCAUCUACUUGUGGUAUUUCUGUUACAGCAGCGCUAGAUGACUAAGACAGGUACCAUCAAAUUGAUUGUGACUCAUAGCGACUCGAUAUGACAAAGUAAAACUAACCCAUAGGGUUUCCCAGGCUGUACUCUUCAGGCAAGCAGAUCGCCAGGGCUUUCUCCCAUGGAGUCGCUGGUGGGUUCGAACUGUUGACCUUUUGAUUAGCAGUUUAGUGCUUAACCAUUGCACCGCCAGGGCCCCUUAUUAUGCCUGCUAUAAUUCCAUAUUAUAGUAGAAGUAUUAGCCGAUGCAGUUAGCCAAGAGGAAUCAGUUAGAGGCACAAGAAUGGGUAAAGAAGUAAAACCCUCUCUUGUCUGCAGAUGACAUGAUGGUAUUAUCUUGAAAACCCUGUAGAAUCAAUGAUAAAACUAACUCAGUAAAAUAAUUCAGUGAAUUAGCAGGAUAUAAAGUUAACACAAAUCACAGCCUUCAUAUAUAUGAACAAUAAGCAGAAGACAAUCGUAAAGAAAAAUUCUAACAAGAUUACUUAGAAAUAAGUUUAACAAAAAUGUGCAAAAAGCAAGGAAAAUUUUAAGCCAGGCUUAAAAGAUGCAAAAGAAGACUUGAACAAAUGGAAGAUGUCCCUUAUUCUUGGAUAGGACAACUAAGCAUCAUACGUGUUCUCCUUAAUUUAUAAAUUUAGUGCAGUCACCAUAAAAAUACCAGCAAGCUAUUUUAUGGAGCUAGGGAAGUUGACAUUGAGGUUCAUAUGGAAAAAACAAGCAGACAACAAGCCGGGAAACCCUGAAACAGAAAAGCUAGGAAGGGGGUAUAGCCUUACUAGAUAUUAACACAUACUAUCAAACCUCUGAAAUUAAAAGUGUGGUCCUGGCACAUGAAUAGACCAGCAAAAUAGAAAAGAAAACCCAAAAUAGCCCCAGAUAUCUAUAGAAGCUUAAUACAUGAUGAAGGUGAAUGUUUGGGAUUGAACUGUAGUCAAUAUGUGUUGAAUUCCUGGCCCUUGUUGUCAUCCUGUUUGGAAGUAAGAUGUUUCUUUUUUUAUGUUAAUGAGAGUAGAUUCUAACCCUAAUCAUUUCUGAGUUACAAAAAGAUCAGAAUAGGCACAGAGAAACAUAUGGGGGAAGACGGACGCCACGUGAGGACCCAUCUAUAAGCCAAUGAAUGCCCAACAAGGAAGGAAUUGACGUGGCUGAGCCUGUGAUUUGGACUUUUAGCCUCCAGAACUGUGACAAGACUAAUUUCUGUUCUUUAAAGCCACCCACUUGUGGUAUUUGUGUUACAGCAGCACUAGAUAACUGAAAUCCUGGGUAAAGGUGAAUUUUUUAAAAAAAUUGUUGCUGGGAUGGUUGGGUAGCCAUUUGGACAAAGAUAAAAUGAGAUCCAUAUCUCACUCCAUACACAAGAAUAAAAUCCAAAUAGAUUAAAAUGAUUUAAAAUAGAUUAAAAUGAAACCAAGUAAGUACUAGAAAGAAAUAUGGAUGACUUUCUUUGUUAACCUUGGUGUAGGGCAAAUCUUUCUAGCUACAAUAAGAGAAAGACUGUUAAGUCUGAAUUCAUACACAUGAAAAAACUUUGCAUGAGAGGAAACACCAUAAAGAAGGGAAGGUCUGAACUGACAAACUGGGAGGAAAUAUUUGCAACAUGUACCCACAGACGGAGAGAUCAUAUCCCUAACAUAUAAAGAAUUCUUAAAAUUGAGGGACAAAGGACCAAAAAUUAGAGAAAUGAGAAAAAGAUAUGAGCAGAUGAUUUAUUAAAAACACAAAUAUGACCCUCAAAUAUAUUAAAAAAUGUUCAUACUCACUCAUGAUUAACCCAGUGCCGUCGAGUGAUUAGAGAAAUGCAAACUGAGACUGAGAUGCCAUUUCUCACUAAAUCAGAUUGCCAGAACUUAAAAAAAAAAAAAAAGAAA